CUGCCAGUGGCUUCGUCUGGGGCAAGGGCAGUCAGAAUCCACGAGUCAAGUAAGUAACUGAGGUUACUGACUGUGUGCGAUGUUUCCGAAAUCGAUGCAAUGAUUGUAGUCCAGACGUACCCGAAAACUCCCAUAUCGGAGUUAUUGGCUUCUUAGAUGGGCAUGACCAUCAAAUCACAACAACAGCAAACUAGUCCAAGACCUGGCCUGGUUAAUAAACUGCAGAACCGCUCAUCACCCAUCAAGCAAAAAUACACAUAAUGCUGAAGAACGACGCGCAGUCUGAGACCAACCUGGGCAGCUCAUCAGGCAUAUUCCAAUACGCAUCCCGCCUACACUUUGAAGCAGACCAACAACACCAUCUUCGCCUUCCCCUUUUCACUCGGGUUUUCUCAUAAUGGGCAAUCACGACGUUCGCAGCUUGAAUACUGCGACCACCCAUUCCACGUCUCGUAAACUGGACGCGGAGUCUUAUUUGCAGGGGAAGCUGUCCCUGCUUCAGCAGACUCAAGUGGAGGUUGAUGGCAUUGUGUUGCUGGGGUGCACACUCAGAUCCCAGGCCCAGGCCCCGAUGAGCGGAAGAACGUUGUGCGGACUAGGGCGAAGGGUUUGCAGUCGCCUAGCUGCGAUACGUGGACGAGCCAAAAACGACUCCUUUUGUAUGCGCCGAGUGGUAUUGUAGAGAAAACGAUCAGAAAUCGGGUUCAGUCUUGUAACAAUUCCUCGCCACUUAUUCUAGUGGGAACAGGGCAACUGCAUUACAUUGGAUUCGAGAGUAGACGACCCUUUGGGACAGCUGAGGCGCCGUACCAGAAAGCUGCAUAGUUACUGUUCACCUGACCAGAUAGUAAACCCAUCCAGC